AUCGAUUUCAUGGCAGCGGACUUCUGGGCCGGGUACCUCAGCGGUGCUGUUGGUAUAGUUAUUGGGAACCCACUGGACCUCCUCAAAGUCCGAUUACAAGCAGGCCAUGGCGCAGACGGGAGUGUACCUACACAGUCCCCUUCCCCGCAGUCAGGGCUGAGGCGGUUUGAAAGCGGCAAUGCACUUGUACGAGGUGCCGCUGCUCCUAUCCUUGGGUAUGGAGCACUCAAUGCUCUCCUGUUCGUCGCCUACAAUCGGUCUUUGAUGUUGAUGGACCGGACAAUUACCGACCCAACGGAUCUGCAGAGUAUCCCUUUAUGGAAGAUCUGGCUUGCCGGGGCUGCAGGCGGCCUGGCCAGCUGGGGGGUAUCGUCUCCAACAGAGCUCAUCAAAUGUCGGGCGCAGCUUAGCUCGCGAGCCGAGGUCUCUUCAUGGAAAAUAGCCAAGGAGAUUUUGCACGCCCGUGGUUUCGGGGGUCUUUACUACGGCGGUGCGAUUACGAGCAUUCGGGACUCUGUCGGAUAUGGAUUCUAUUUCUGGUCUUAUGAAUACUGCAAACGGUAUUUCGCUUCGGAGAAAGACGACUCUCGUCAAGCAGCGCUGAAAGUGCUUCUCUGCGGAGGAAUCGCGGGCAUAGUGACAUGGGCAUCGGUGUUUCCACUGGAUGUCGUGAAAACGAGACUCCAAGCACAACCAAUACUCGAAUCCAGGCCCAGAGGACCCUUUGGUGAAACACGACCUAUGCUCGAUAGACAGAUCCUAAACUCCUUCCAGAUUGCAAAGCAGGCUUAUCGAAGGGAGGGAUGGACGGUGUUCUACCGUGGUCUAGGGAUCUGCAGCGUUAGAGCAUUCAUCGUGAAUGCCGUACAGUGGGCGACAUAUGAAUGGCUCAUAAAAACGCUCAACAGGUCGGACAACUUAGUGUUUAGCCUAGCGACAUAGAAAUAUAAAAUGAGACGAUAUCUACAAUCAGCCGAGAAUCUACAGUUUUAGCUUGUUGGUUUGAUUAUUAGCUGGAGCUUGGACAUUGUCCUCCUCGGGAUUAUAUACCAACGGAUUACGAUAAUAUAAAUUAUGUCUCAUGCCAGACCCUGACUAAUUCAUUAUAGUCUUGAUGGAAACUACUAAAUAUCUCUUUUAAUAUAGUUAGUGUUACAUUUAGGACAUAUCCUGUAGUAUUAACUAUAUAUAUUUAUUGUCACUACUAUGUGGUGCAAGUG